CCUUUUUCAACCGCUUUUUGCAUCAGCCUGUCAGAGGUCACUUUACAGAGGAAAGCACUGUAGGUGAUGAGACUUUGGAUGCAUCCCUGGAAACAAACCCCUGGCAGGAUGGACACUAAGAUUUACAAGGGCUCCCUGAUAUGUCUUCUGUUUGUCAUUUUGAAAGUGUCGUGGGCUCAGAGUCCCAUGCCCGCAGAUCAAAAGAUGCCUCCCAGUACAGCUAUAACUCCCACUGGGAGAGGAGUUGUCGCAGACACUAAGUCCUCCCGGGGAAAUCAAACCACAAACUGGAACAUUAUCAACAGCACCUCAGUCAGCCCCGCUGUAUCAGAAACGAGGGCGUCAUCAGCUGUCACCGAGGAGGCGACAAAGUUUCAAGCAAACUCUACAUCUGCUCCAGUGUCAUCGACAAAGAAGACAACGACUACAUCCAAACCCCACCCACCUAUUGUCUGGGAUCCAAACUGGGACAAACCUUUCAAAUAUGACUACGAAUCUCUGCGAUAUGCCGGCCUGAUCAUUGCCAGCAUUCUUUUCGUUGUGGGGAUUAUGAUCAUUGGCUGUGGCAAGAUCUGCCGGCUGCCCAAGUGUCACAAAAGGUCAUCGAAGUCAUACAGUGUGGUCCAACAAUAAGCAGACGGGCAAAUGGUGGCCGGCCAAGGGAAGUUGCAAGAAAUCACGUCAAAACUCCGUUUGUCAGGUGGAAAAAACACUUGACCAACUCUCGGCAACAUGUUUGUGCGCGGAGCGACAGGCUUAGCGUGCUGCUUGGUAACUGCUGAGCAAGUUUUGAGUAAACAGAGAAAUCUCUUGCCGUUAAGAGGAAAAGCUGGAAAUGUUUUUCAUGUCUCUUAAACAAACUGAACUGAAAAAUGAAUUAGUAUCACAAUAAAAAAAACAAGCCCACUGUAAUUUGUAUCAUAGUGUAUCUUGUGGAAGGUGAUGUUUAUAAAAAAAAAAUGUUUGUCACUUAAAAGGUCAUGUGGAAUAAACACAUCUACACACUUGA